AUGGCCUCCGAAAGCUUUCUUCGUCGUUGUUCUUCUUCUACUGAAACGAUUACGAAAACCAAACUCUCAUCUUUAUUUACAAAUUCAUGUAAAGUGACUACAAGUAUACCACAAGGUUCAGUACAUAACUUGGAAGAGGUAGCGAGGCUUGAUAAAUUCCUUCAAAGAGAUUGUAAACAAGGUUUGUGUUUGGAGAAUAGGGGUGCGGAGGCUACGAGGUUGUUCAAGAAAAUGGUUGUCUUUGGGGUUAGGCCUGACGUGACUACGUAUGGGACUUUGAUUACUGGCUUGUGUCGGACAGGGAAUACGAGUAUUGCACUUAGGAUACACGAAGAAAUGGAUAAUGGAAUUACACCAAAUGUGGUUAUUUGUACCUCUCUAAUUUACGGUUGGUGUUUUGUGGGAAAUUUGGUGGAGGCUAAAGGCUUGUUUAUUGAGAUGGUGGAUCAAGGUUUGCAGCCUAAUUUACUGACGUAUAAUACAAUGUUAAGUGGGUUUUGCAAGGAGGGGAAGAUGAAGGAAGCUAAUUGGUUUUUGGAAUUGAUGAUCCAAAGAGGUUUCCAACCUGACGCGUUUAUUUAUAACACUUUGAUGGAUGGUUAUAGGUUGCAGCUUAGAUUUGAUGAUGCAAGGGAGCUGCUAUUCUCUAUGGAGAGUAAGGGUUGUAAGGCUGAUGUUGUUAGUUAUAAUACUUUGAUCAACGCCUAUGGCAAGAAUAGGAAGUUAGAGAAUGCUAUGAGUCUGUACAAGGAAAUGAUUUCAAAGGGAAUUAGACCAACAGUAUAUGCAUAUAACGGUUUGUUAACUAGUUUAUUUCUAUCAAAUAAGGUUGGAGCUGCACAGAAACUAUUUGAUGAGAUGAAACUUAAUAAUGUUGCACCGAAUUCAUUUACAUUUAUUAUUUUGAUUAAUGGGCUAUGCAAGAAUGGUUGUGUUCUGGAGGCAGCAAAAUGGUUUCGUACUUUGGAGAACUAUCAGUUUAAUAUUUGUAUUGAAAUCUUUAACAGCCUCAUUGAUGGGUUGUGCAAAAAUGGAAUGAUCGAAAUUGCUUGGGAGAUAUUUCACAAUUUGCAUCAUAAAAGCCUAAUGCCAGACGUUGUAACAUAUAACAUCUUUAUCCAUGGGUUUUGUAAAGAAGGGAAAUUAGAAAAGGCAUAUGAUUUGUUAUCAAAUAUGGAAAAGAUGGUAUUGCGCCAGAUGUAA